AUGCGAAUUGUGGGAAAUUCGCCGGUGACGGCGAUUUCUCCCAGUCGCGCUACGCGGCGAUGGGUAAUCGCCGCUCAGCUGGGUAAUCUCUUCCUGCUCAUUGUACUGUAUCUUCACGCCUACAUCACUUUUGUUACUCUCGAAUGUGACGUGCUGGGAGAGGAACCAGUAAGAGAUGAGACGAUAACGAUACGAACCAAAAGAUCGUCAGCUAAAAGACAAACAUUGCCGUUAGAAGUCGAGGAGUAUACCAUUAUUCUAGGCCAGAAUACUUUGAUACCAAAAAACGUGCUGGAACGAUCAUGUGCACGUAUUCAUCGGCAUUGCUCGGAUGCUGGUAUGAAAUUAAUGGGUUUUCAAGGUGCCCGGGGAGAUCCUGGAUCCCAGGGACCGGUGGGACCACCGGGGAAACGAGGUCCCGUAGGAAAUGUUGGUCCAAGUGGUCUGGUAGGAGAUGCUGGAGAAAUUGGGCCACCAGGGAAGGAUGGUCGAUGCAAUUGCUCUUUCCCAGAUAUGUACGUUCAUCGAGUGCCAAUUCCAGGUCCACCUGUUAUUCAGGUUGAAGAGAAAAUGGUGCCAGUUCCAGUUGUCGUAGUGAAGGAGGUAGAAGUUACAAAACUGGUCCCAUUUGAACCAACACCACCUGGUUUUGCGCCUCCACCUGGAUGGUCUCCGGGCAUGCCAAAACCUGAUCUGAGUAAAACAAGAAAACUACCCAGAUUUUCCACAAUCACUACAACACCUACUCCACCGCCCACAAAAAGGCGAAAAACCACGACACCAAAAUAUUUCGUUCCUCCGGUUUACAGUGAAAAUGGCACACUGCUGUUCGGAAACUUCACCGAUGAAUGGGGUAACUACACAAAUUUCACCACUCCGGAACCAUACACUGGACCACCUACACUGGGAUACAACAGGAGAGAGUGCAUGCUGGCUGCUGUGGGAAUUCCAGUACUUCAUGCAGAAUCGCAGUAUGGUCAGGUAGGCUCAUGGAUGCGCGAUGCGCAUCCUCAAUCCGAUAGCAUGGCUGAAAAACGUUGGGUAACAGAUGGCUAUGCUUCGCCGGUGCUUUACGAGUAUGAGAACGAGCGGCAAAUGAUGAACAAAGUUCAAAAGAUCAAGUACUAUGUAGACUACCUAGCAUCUGGAACAGGUAAUUUGAUCUAUAAUGGAUCAUAUUACUAUCACAAGCAUGGAACAACAUCUUUAGUUCGUUACGACCUAGAAACAACAGACCAGAUAGAAUCAGAACUUGGUGAUAUUGCUCACAAAGACUGUGGACGCCUACCUGAUCAUACCUUUGAGGAUUGCAACGAAACCGAACGACAUCCCUGGCUUUAUAAUCGCCCUCAUAACUAUGUGGACUUUGCUGUGGAUGAAAAUGGACUAUGGGUUAUUUAUAUGCGCCCCGAUAGUGACUUCCUCUACGUGAGCAAGAUCGAGCCGGACUUCUACAUCGUGGAUUCGUGGGAAAUCCCUGAUGUAAAUGCUACUGAAGUGGCUGAUGCAUUCAUAAUGUGCGGGGUACUGUAUGGUCUACAAAAUGCCACCACGCGUGACUCACGGAUUAGCUUUGCCUACGAUCUGUACAGGAAUGAGACGAUUCCGGGACAAGUGGCAUGGUACAACCCGUACCAAGGUCUUACGAUGCUGCACUACAAUCCCGUAGACAGUCGAUUGUACUUCUUCGACGACCGUCGUCUACUUAGUGUCAAUGUACGCAUGGAUGAAGAAGAGCCUUACUAUGAUGAAUAAUGAA